AGACUGCUGCAAACAUAGACAAGUCUGCCUCUUCACUACUGUGGUGGUCGUCGCACAUGCUAGCGCCUUCAGAGGAUGGCAGAAUGAUUGAAUGUAGUGUUCACCCUGGUGUAUAUUUUCUCCCAGGUAAUAGUUGCGCAACUUGUGUUGCAGUAGCUGAAGCCGCGGCGAGAGCCGCAAAGAAAGCAGCUAAAGACAAGAAGUAAUUUUUGCAAUGUAUCGAUUGAUGUUACGAACACAUGCACUCUGGACGUGAUGUGUUACGGACACGUGACCAGGGGACCUUAGGCUCAAGAACUAGUGAUAGUUCCAGUAGAACCCUUGGGGGGAUCUCUGACAGUUAUAAGUGUUGGGAUUGCCGGCAUUUCGUCACUUUGGGGCUUUGUACAUUCCUUGGUGUUCCACGCGUUUGGUGCGACCCACACUCAUUGCCCAUUUUCCUUAUAAUUAGCAAUUCCUCCAGAGACACGCAUACAAAUGAAUUGAACACAGAGAAUACAAUCAUUAGCACGACAUAGAGAUCUUAGUGCAUGUGAUUACUGUAGAAAGG